AUGUACCCGAUCGAGAAAGAACCAACAGAGGGCCUCGAUAUGCAUAGUAUACUCCGCUCAACACCAGCAGGACCAAGGUAUUGGAGCAAGCCUUGGCCACAAAAAUCCUUGCGGUGCCCCGCCGCGCUAAGACUCCACCCCACACGGACAAGACCAAGACAUGCCAAUUUCAUAGAAAACCGGGGGCACACCACGAAAGAAUGCACAGCCCUUCGAGAUCGCAUCGAAGAUCUUGUUAAGUCGGGCCACCUUCAAAACUUCACCCAACCCUCAGGUAGAAAGAGAUACGACAACUACCAUGAUAAGAGGGAGUCUGAAAGAGGGAACCGUGAAAGGGCACCUCCGAGACGUAGAUCCCAGGAGCGAAGCAGGUCUCCGGAGAGAAAUGAGCAGCAACGAGACCGAAAUCAACACAGAAGGGUGAUCAACACAAUCGCCGGAGGAUUCGCGGGAGGAGGGAGCUCGUCCUCGGCUCACAAAAGACACUUACGGACAAUCAAGUCAGUAAACGCCGUAUGUCGGACAGCUUCGGUCCACAUGCCCCCUAUCACUUUUACUGAUCGAGAUUUUCAAGGCGUCGAUCCGGUGCAAGAUGACCCGAUGGUGAUUAGUGUGGAGAUUAACAAUUGCCUUGUGGAAAAGACGCUCGUCGACCAAGGGAGCUCGACUGAUAUCUUGUACUAG